GUGUGUGUGUGUGUGUGUGUGUGUGUGUGUGUGUGUGUGUGUGUGUGUGUGUGUGUGUGUGUGUGUGUGUGUGUGUGUGUGUGUGUGUGUGUCCUUGUGAGGGUGAAGUGAGGCAGCGCAGCUCGACACACAGCCACAGACAUGAAUCCCCUGCUGAAAUUUCCAGUUCUGGCCCGACGUGCCUUCAGCAGUUCUGCCAGGCAGCUGAAGAACAGAGUCCCCGAAGCCCAGAAAAUCUUCCAGGAAGACAAUGGGUUGCCGGUGCACGUUAAGGGGGGAACCGUGGACGUGAUGAUGUACCGGUUCACCAUGGCGCUAACUAUCGGAGGGACCUUUUACUCAAUGUACUGGCUGCUGUACGCCGCCAUGCCUCACAAGAAAGCGUGAAGAACAUGGCUCCGUCUAUCGCCUGGAGAACAACGCUCGGCUCCGUCUAAUGUUUGUUGUGUGUAAUGAUGUUUAAUUUUAUCACAAGUUGCUCUGCUUUAAUCAGGCAACGAGGAAUACACAGUGGGAAAUAAUGGAACGGUUUUAUUUGGUCUCUCUGUAUCUAAUUACUGUGUUUCUAUUAUUUAAAUAAAGUUAAAGGGACAUA